GUGACCGUAUUUUACACCUGCUCGCCAUUGUCUUGCCCACAUCUGAAUCAUUACCGUACGGCCCAUGUACCGGCUGUACGGCCAGAUGGAAAAAAAUUGGGCCAUCUCCCCGGGAGCUUCAUCAACUCUCUCUCUCCCGCUUCUCCUUCUCUCUUCUCCCUUUCUUUCUUCUUUGAUCGAGCAUUCCUUCCCUUGGUCAUUCUUCCUCUCCUCUCUCCCAUUCUCUCAACCUUUUCGUUUCCCCUAAAUCUACUAGGGUCUUUUCGAUAUGGCGUCCACAUUGAGACUCGGAACGUCUGCUCUGCGUUCCUCUACCUUUGCCAGCAAGCCCGUUGUUCAGUCUGCUGCCUUCAAUGGCCUGCGCUGCUACUCGAGCAAGGCUAAGUCUCUGAAGGAGACCUUCGCCGACAACCUUCCCGCCGAGAUCGAGAAGGUCAAGAAGCUCAGAAAGGAGCAUGGCAACAAGGUCAUCGGUGAGGUCACUCUUGACCAGGUCUACGGUGGUGCCCGUGGCAUCAAGUCCCUCGUGUGGGAGGGCUCCGUCCUCGACUCCGAGGAGGGUAUCCGCUUCCGUGGCCUUACCAUCCCUGAGUGCCAGAAGCUCCUCCCCAAGGCCCCUGGUGGCCAGGAGCCCCUGCCCGAAGGCCUCUUCUGGCUGCUCCUGACCGGCGAGGUCCCCUCCGAGCAGCAGGUCCGCGACCUGUCCGCCGAGUGGGCUGCCCGCUCCGACCUCCCCAAGUUCGUUGAGGAGCUCAUCGACCGCUGCCCCAGCACCCUCCACCCCAUGGCCCAGUUCUCCCUCGCCGUGACCGCCCUCGAGCACGAGUCUUCCUUCGCCAAGGCCUAUGCCAAGGGUAUCAACAAGAAGGACUACUGGAACUACACCUUCGAGGACUCCAUGGACCUCAUUGCCAAGCUGCCCAACAUUGCCUCCCGCAUCUACCGCAACAUCUUCAAGGAUGGCAAGGUCGCCCCCAUCCAGAAGGACAAGGAUUACUCCUUCAACUUGGCCAACCAGCUCGGCUUCGGCGGCAACAGCGACUUCGUUGAGCUGAUGCGUCUGUACCUGACCAUCCACACCGACCACGAGGGUGGCAACGUCAGCGCCCACACCACCCACCUGGUCGGCAGCGCCCUGAGCUCCCCCAUGCUCUCCCUGUCUGCCGGUCUCAACGGCCUGGCUGGUCCCCUGCACGGCCUGGCCAACCAGGAGGUGCUGAACUGGCUCACCAAGAUGAAGGCCGCCAUUGGCAACGACCUGAGCGACCAGGCCAUCAAGGACUACCUGUGGUCCACCCUGAAGGCCGGCCAGGUCGUCCCCGGCUACGGCCACGCCGUCCUGCGCAAGACCGAUCCCCGCUACGUGUCUCAGCGCGAGUUUGCCCUCCGCAAGCUGCCCGAUGACCCCAUGUUCAAGCUGGUCAGCCAGGUCUACAAGAUCGCCCCCGGUGUCCUGACCGAGCACGGCAAGACCAAGAACCCCUUCCCCAACGUUGACGCUCACUCUGGUGUGCUCCUGCAGUACUACGGUCUGACCGAGGCCAACUACUACACCGUCCUGUUCGGUGUGUCGCGUGCCCUGGGUGUCCUGCCCCAGCUGAUCAUCGACCGUGGUCUGGGUGCCCCCAUCGAGCGCCCCAAGAGCUUCAGCACCGAGGCCUACGCCAAGCUGGUCGGCGCUAAGUUCUAAAUUUGUCGAAUGGUUUGAAAAGCGCCGGGGAAUUUUUUUUCUUUUAACGAUAUAGCACAUUUUUGUAUUAUUCUUUAGACUGGGACCGGUGGAGUGUUGGGGUGGGGUUGGUUCGAUUAUUGUAUGAUAGGACUUGGUUCGAGCGGGCCUUAUAGGAACAACACUUCCAGAAUCCACGUCAAUUCUCCAUA